AUGGAAUCUGCCACUUCUUACGUCCCUGUUCCUGCCUCUGGAUGUGGAGGAGAUUCUCAAGGUGCCUUUGAGUCUUCAGUCUCCCCUGACUGCCUCAUCUGGCAUUUUGACCAUAAAGGAAAAUUUUCUGUUAAGAGCGCGUACCGUGUGGCUCUUGCUUUGUCGACUGACCUCGACCCACCAUCUUCCUCGGUUUCGGGCAUGGCCCAGUUGUGGAAGUGGGUUUGGAAUGCAAAGCUCCCUAAAAAGAUUAAACUAUGUACCUGGCGUGGUAUCCAUGAUAUCCUUCCAACAUGUUGUGCUCUUGCUAAGCGGCGGGGCUCUUUACCGCAUCUGGGGUGUGGUGUUUGUGGCGGUGCGGAGUCAACGCUGCAUAUCCUCCGGAAUUACCCAUUUGCUCAGGCGGUCUGGUGUUUGCUCUCGGGUCUUCUCUCCUUUGAUAGGCACGCUGACCUACCCUUACCAGAUUGGCUCUUGGUCUUUUGGUGUGAGUUGCCGUCAGAUGCUCGUGCUCUGUCCAUGGUUGUGAUGUGGGCUUUGUGGUCUAACCAAAAUGAUGUUACUUGGCGUAGCACGCGGCGGCGGCCGCAUGAUCUCGUUCAGUUUGUGCUCCAAUAUAUGGAGGAGUUCCGGUGUGCUAAUAAUCAACCUACAGGUUGUCAUGACUCCCUAGGUGCGAGUUGCUGGAGCUGCCCUCCUUCUGGCACAAUCAAAAUCAAUUUUGUUGGGGCCUUCCACACUGGGUCGACUGGAGGGGGUGUGGGGGUAGUCAUUAGGGACGAAAAUGGGCAAUUUCUGGCUUCCCUUGCGAAGCGGGUGUUGUAUGCUAAUUCUGCGGAACAUGUUGAAUGCCUAGCGGCUCGCGAGGCUGUGGGGUUCUGGCGGAAGAUGGGGGGGCAGUCGGUCAUAUUUGAGGGUGACUCGCUCAAUACUAUUCAGGAUGUUCUCUCUUCUGGGGUAAACUUGUCCCCCUUGGGGUAG